AUGUUUGUCUGGGGUGGGAGUUGCCCCACCUAUAUUUACUAUAUUUUUGGGGGGAUUGGAUCCUGCCUUUGCAAAGGAAUCCAGUACUGCAUAACCAGCAAGACCUACCAAUGGCUUCGGUGCCACUGCUCCAUGUGCAGAAAGGCCAUCGGCGCUGAGCAUUGUACUUUCUUUGCCGUCCCGAUCACCAAGUUGGAGUUCAAAAGCAAAAAAACUCUUAAGACAUACAAGAGUUCUGAACAUGCUGUGAGAUCUUUCUGCAACAAGUGUGGCUGUUCAAUCUGCAUGAAGUAUGAUAUUGAAGAGUAUACCAUCUGGUUCAACGCUGCAACUGUAGACGUAGAUGUACCUGUUGUUGAUCCUCAUCAAGUGUUCACAAAGGAUAAGGUCCCAUACCUGGACAUCAUGUCUCGGUCACAUGGCACUAUCGACAUAUCAGCGUGGGUUGUUCCGACUUGCGUCUAG